AGCCUUUAAACUUUAGACUUCAACCGCAGUUGUGAUUGUUUUUAGUUUGUUAGGGGCCUGGAGCGUUAUUUUAAGAAAGCAGAAGCACCGUCAUUUGCACACCCCUUAUAGAUCUCACACCUUAACCCUGACUUUUUGCUCUGGUUUUUCAAAAGACAAGAAGUCAAGAUGAAGAACCAUUUGCUUUUCUGUGGCGUCUUGGUCAUUUUUGUUAAGGCUGUUCUUGUGACAGCCCGAGAUGAGGAUGAAGGGAUCGUUCUUGUUGACAACAAGUGUAAGUGUGUCCGGAUUACUUCCAGGAUCAUUCGUUCUACUGAGGAUCCCAAUGAGGACAUUGUGGAGAGAAACAUCCGAAUUAUUGUUCCUCUGAACAACAGGGAGAAUAUCUCUGAUCCCACUUCACCACGGAGAACUGAAUUUGUGUAUCAUUUGUCUGACGUCUGUAAAAAAUGUGACCCUACGGAAGUGGAGCUGAAUAAUCAGAUAGUUACUGCUACCCAGAGCAACAUCUGUGAGGAAGACAGUGCUUCAGAGAUCUGCUACACGUAUGACAGAAACAAGUGUUACACUGCAAAGGCCCCACUGACAUACGGCGGCGUGACCACAAUGGUGGAGACAGCCUUGACUCCGGAUUCCUGCUAUCCCGACUAAUGGGUCACUGUUGACCACACAACUGUUUAUUUUGAGAGGCUCUCCAUUUUGAUCCAGAAAGUUAAUAUAUUUACUACCAAUGAAUUUGAAGCUGGGCUUUAUUUGGAUGCUGUAAAACUAACUUUCCC